CAAAUAUUUAAUCAAAACACACAUUGCUCCAAGUGAAUCACAAUUAAACUGCUAAAUUUUCUGUUCCUGUGCCGUUUUAGUGAAUCAGUGUUUUGUGUACGUUACUCUUAUCGUAACUGGUUAAAUUGGCCGAUACAACGUCCGGUCCAAACCAUCGGAAACGCUAACGGAAAACUCUGCUAGCAACCCAGCUCCGUCGGGGGUCGGUGAUACCUUGAAGUGGUUCUUCGGUGCGUACAGUUUGUACGCGAAGCAUCCGGCCAAAAUUGAGACCGACGGAGCAUCGUCCAGGAUGUCGGGUGAUCAAAAAACCCUCAUCAAGGGCAAUCCAUCACAGUAUGUUAAGCUAAACAUUGGUGGUUGCUUGCAUUACACUACGAUCGGAACACUUUGCAAGCAGGACACAAUGCUCCGGGCGAUGUUUAGCGGACGGCUAGAGGUGCUUACGGAUUCGGAAGGUUGGAUCUUGAUCGAUCGAUGUGGUACACAUUUUGGUACGAUACUGAACUUUCUACGGGACGGUAGCGUAGCACUACCAGAAACAACCAAAGGUAUCGCGGAACUGCUAGCCGAAUCCAAAUACUACUGCAUCGAGGAACUGAUCGAGGCGUGCGAGAAGGUACUCGCUAAGAAGGAACGAGAAUCGGAACCAAUCUGCCGGGUGCCCUUGAUAACAUCGCAAAAAGAGGAACAGUACCUGAUCAGUACGGCCACCAAACCGGUGGUAAAGUUGCUGAUCAAUCGCCACAACAAUAAGUACUCAUAUACGAACACAUCGGAUGAUAAUUUGCUGAAAAAUAUUGAACUAUUCGAUAAGCUGUCCCUGCGCUUCAGUGGGCGUGUGUUCUUCAUCAAGGAUGUGAUCGGUUCGAGCGAAAUCUGCUGCUGGUCAUUUUAUGGUAACGGCAAAAAGGUAGCGGAAGUAUGCUGCACCUCGAUCGUAUACGCCACCGAUAAGAAGCACACGAAGGUAGAAUUUCCGGAGGCACGUAUUUUCGAGGAAACGCUAAACAUACUGCUGUACGAGAACAAAAAUGCUCCCGAUCAGGAGCUCAUGCAGGCGACAUCGCUGCGCGGUGCGGUUGGCGGUAUCAGUUCGUACACGAGCGACGAGGAGGAAGAGAGGACCGGUUUGGCUAGGUUACGCUCAAACAAACAGAACAACCCUACAUGAUUCACACAUCAGCUAGUGCUGAAAAGGAAGCUGUUGCCAAAGAGGAACUAGCACCGCCGCAAACAGAGGCAGACACGGACACACACACGCGUUGCGCUUGUUCGGCUUUCCCGGGGACACUCGAUCUCGAUCACCAACUGCUAAUUGAUUCCAGCGUGAGUGAGGACCGUGUCCUUGUGUAUGCGUCUGUGUGACUGUGUAAUACGACUGAGCUCGUGGGAACGUUUUGUGUGGACAAAUGAUCAAAUGGAAUAGCUAUGGGAUUAAAUUUACAAUAAUUAUAGAAACAACUUUGAAGAUUCGUUUAA